GCUUACAAAUGCCCAUUCACCUCAGUGUCACGUCGGCUGUUAGAGGGGGAGGAUGUCGGUUAGCGGCUCGGACAGUGAUGAAGGGAAGGUUUCAGAAAAUGGGCCUAAAAUUAAAAAACGAGCCGGACAUUCUUCUCAAGAGGAUGAAGUGAAGGGUGUCCGCUACCUCAGACGUACCAAAUCAGUGACACUUGCUGAGCACAUCACGCAGGCGGAGAAGAGAGUGCGAUCCCUCCAGCCUGACAGACCCAUCCACCAGCCCCGGGACUCCCUAUUUUCUUGGUCAUCGGGGUUCAAUCGGUACGAGGGUUUCGUCAACUGGGGGUUCCUGAUCCUCCUGCUGGGUGGACUGCGGCUCUUCCUCGAGAACGUGAUCAAAUACGGAGUGAAGAUCAACCCAGUGUCUUGGAUUCUUUGGCUUAAAAAUCAACAAGAACAUGAUUUUUUUCACACGCCGCUCUUCCUCGUAGUUGCCAAUAUUCACGUCUUCAUUUCAUUUUAUAUUGAAAAACAGCUGGCCAAGGACAAGAUUACGGCACCAGUCCAAUAUGGCGUCCUGGUUUCCCACUUAACGAUUAUUCUGCUAAUUCCUGUUGUGAUUUUGGGAAUAUGGCCACACCAAUUCAGUUUAUUGGGGCGUACAGUGGUGUGUGUGGUGUAUACGGUGUUGUUCUUGAAGUUAUGGUCCUACUCUCAUGUAAACCACUGGUGCCGCUCGCAACACUCAAACGCGCUGGCCAGAAGACGUAGCUUCACCUUCAGAAAAUUCCAAGAUAAUGCCGCCGAGGUCAACCAAGAUGAGGUGGAUGCCCCGCGACCUGAUGUGAACGUGACCCAGUACCCUGACAACUUGACCCUACCUGACCUCUACUAUUUUCUGGCUGCCCCAACACUCUGCUAUGAACUGAACUUCCCGAGGUCACAGCGGAUUAGGAAGAGAUUCCUGCUACGAAGGAUGCUGGAAGUAGUUGUGAUCACCAACAUAAUUCUGGCCAUGUUUCAACAGUGGAUGAUUCCGAGUGUUAAGAAUUCUUUCCAGGCGUUCUCAGACCUGAACUACCUCAGAUGCACAGAGAGACUACUCAAGCUGGCUAUUCCGAACCACAUAGUCUGGUUAAGCUGGUUCUACUUGCUGUUCCACUCCUUCCUGAAUACAGUUGCCGAGGUCCUGUACUUCGCGGACAGGGACUUCUAUCAAGACUGGUGGAAUGCAAAAGACGUCGGAACCUUUUGGCGUCUGUGGAACCUCCCUGUGCAUAAAUGGGCUCUCAGACACGUGUUUGUGCCCAUGAUGCAGGCACGAUACAGCAAGGGCACCGCAGCAGUAGCCGUAUUUCUCAUCUCAGCGGCCCUCCAUGAAUACCUGGUCUCCAUUCCCUUGCAUAUGUACAAAGUUGGGGUCUUCUUGGGAAUGAUGACUCAGGUUCCCCUAGUGUACAUCAGCACCUUUGCAAAGAAGAGGUUUGGUGCCCGAAUUGGUAACAUGAUAGUUUGGGCAUCACUGAUCCUGGGCCAGCCACUCGGAAUAAUGGUGUACUAUCAUGACUAUGUGGUGAAAAACUUUGAUCCGGCAUAUUUGUGAGAGAGAGAGAGAGAGAGAGAGAGAGAGAGAGAGAGAGAGAGAGAGAGAGAGAGAGAGAGAGACUUGGGUAGAGAGAUUUUUGGUAAUGAGAGAGAGAGAGAGAGAGAGAGAGAGAGAGAGAGAGAGAGAGAGAGAGAGAGAGAAGAGUUUAGUAAUGGUUUUGGGUUUAUAGGAAAAAAACAAAAAAAAUAAUGGGUUUUUGGAGAGAGAGAGAGAGAGAGAGAGAGAGAGAGGGGAUGUGUGUGUGUGUGUGUGUUCUUUCUACACUUGUACAAAUGCAUUUAUGAAAACAAAAUGAUAAAUGUAUAAAAAAAAUGACAUUCCAACUACUAUACAUAUAUAUGACAGUUAAUAUAAUGCAUUUUUGUGUGCCAAUAUUAGUAAUUAAGUUGAUAUAAUUGUGAUAACCCUUUCCUUUCGCCUUUAAAAAUGAACCACAAUAUAUUUGAUAAACUUU